ACAGGAUCCGAGUCCGCUGGGACAUCCGGAUGUUUGAGAGAGAGAGAGAGAGAGAGAGAGGAGGAAUUUAACCGGGUAUCUCCUUCUCUCUUUUGAACUAGUGGAGAUCGAUCGAUCGAAUAAGAGGAACGACUGGAGAUCGAUCAAUCGAUUUCGAACGACGAAACCUUAACCCGCAAGUUUCGAUCUCCUUAUACCAGAAAGCAGAAAGAUGAAUUUUGUGACGUCCCUUUGUAGAAGAUUGAACCUCAACGAGUUGGUUACAAACUCUUCUGUCUACAGCUCUGCCAGUGAUAUCACUGGAGGAGGAUUAAGCUUGACAUUCAAACGAUGGGCUACAAAAAAGACGGCGGGAUCCACAAAGAACGGUCGUGACUCCAAUCCAAAGUUUCUUGGAGUGAAGAAGUUUGGCGGAGAGAGAGUGAUUCCUGGGAAUAUCAUUGUUCGUCAAAGAGGAACCCGAUUCCAUCCGGGAGACUAUGUUGGAAUCGGAAGGGAUCACACCCUUUUUGCUUUGAAAGCAGGUUGUGUCAAAUUUGAACGCCAUAAGCUGAGCGGAAGGAAGUGGGUGCAUGUUGAGCCUAAGGAAGGCCAUGUCCUCCACCCUGUCUAUUCAAAUGCUUCAUCCGCCCCUGAGAUGGAGAUCGCCUCCUAGAUUUCAUCCUUCAGUUUUCAUCUAGUGUUCAAUAUCUGGUGCAACUAUAAGGAGACUGCUCAGAAACAUUUUUGUUUUCAGUCUUUUUUUUGGUUCUUGUUUCUUAAGUUUUUAGGAUUACUUGAUUGGAAAACAAGCUGCAUCUGAAAUCUUGUAGCCAUAAAAUACUACCUUUGGUUGAUGAAUGGGACUCAAUAUGCUAUCUUGUGCUGUUAUCGUGCCAAGAUUCAGAACUAAUUAAAUUGUAUUAUACUGUACUUCUUUAUUUGUUUUUGGCUAUUGAUUUUUGUUUUCAAUA